AUGCUCAUCAUCGGGCUUACGGGCUCUAUAGCCACCGGCAAAUCCACAGUCUCCAAAAUCCUUUCCUCACCACCAUACGCCCUCCCCAUCAUCGACGCGGAUCUCCUCGCGCGUAAAGUCGUCGAACCGGGCACCCCCGGCUACAAAGCGAUCGUGAACUACUUCGGGCCCUCCACACCAGAUCUACUGCUAGAAGAUGCACCAUCAAGCCCAGCAGGCAAACCCCUCAACCGCCCGGCAUUGGGCCGCCGCGUCUUCGGCAUCAGCGAGGAGCGCAAACGCGAUCGCGCGGUGCUGAAUGGGAUCGUGCAUCCCGCCGUGCGGAAGGAAGUUUACAAGGCGUUGGUCUGGCACUAUGUGCGCGGGCAGUGGGCCGUCGUCCUGGAUGUCCCCUUGCUCUUUGAGAGCGGGAUGGAUCUGAUUUGCGGCACGGUGCUCGUGGUGGGCGUGCACGACCCCGCCGUUCAGAUGGCUCGCCUCCGCGCCCGCGACUCCCAUCUCACAGCCGAGGACGCGGAGCAUCGAGUGCGCAGCCAGGGCGACGUGCUGUCCAAGGCCGAGCAGGCCGAGUUCCGGGGCACGGCCUCCAAACGCGGCGUGGUGGUCUGGAAUGAUGCCGAUAAGCCGGAGCUGGAGCGUGCGGUCACGGUUGCGAUGCAGGGGAUUCAGGCGUCGAGUCCGCGGUGGUGGGCGUGGGUGUUGCUCGUUGCGCCGCCGGUGGGUGCGAGCGUUGCAGUGUGGAAUCUGGCGGUGAACUUUGCGACGCAGAAGAGCUGGGAGAGGGAGAAGACGAAGGACAAGGCGAAGCUUUGA